CUACAUACGUCUUCACUUUACUACCUAGACAAUCAAUGGUUAACAUUAUUUACGCAAUCCCCUUAUAACCCGAUGACAACACAGCACUGUACACUUCUAUUAUGGACGGACGCCUAAACUCUUCUCAGCACAAACUGAGCUGGGUGGUGCGCCUUUAAGAAAACGGAACUAACCCUUUACUCGUGACGUUAGGCUACCAGGCUCUGCAAAUCUGCGGGCAGGAAGUGCCAGCGAACAACGCAUUGAUCACGCUCCCCAGUAUCAAGACACAGAAAAGGAGAAGACAACGUGCAACAUGACAAUAGAAAAACGCAUGUGUUGGAUUAUCUUUUUCCAUUUUAUCAAACUGAAGAUCAAAGGAGCCUGACUCCCCAGAAGCCAUAGACUUAUUGUCAAGAGACUCGGGUGCCCGCGGUUCGAGAGCGAACACCAAGAGUGGAGACAACUGUCGACUACAAGGCAGUGUUUGAGGAAACAUGAGAGAAUACAAAGUGGUCGUACUCGGCUCCGGAGGAGUGGGGAAGUCAGCGCUUACGGUUCAAUUUGUCACGGGUUCCUUCAUUGAGAAGUACGAUCCAACAAUCGAGGAUUUUUACAGGAAGGAGAUAGAAGUGGACUCUUCCCCUUCGGUACUGGAGAUACUGGACACGGCGGGCACAGAACAGUUCGCUUCCAUGAGAGAUCUCUACAUUAAAAACGGCCAAGGAUUCAUUCUGGUGUAUAGCUUGGUGAACCAACAGAGUUUCCAAGAUAUAAAACCAAUGAGGGACCAGAUUGUCCGUGUGAAACGGUACGAGAGAGUGCCCAUGAUCUUGGUCGGGAAUAAAAUAGACUUAGAAAGCGAGAGAGAAGUCUCUUCCGGCGAAGGCAAGGCGCUGGCUGCCGACUGGAAUUGCCCGUUUAUAGAAACCUCAGCAAAAAAUAAGUCGUUGGUCGACGAAUUGUUUGCCGAAAUUGUCAGGCAAAUGAACUACACCUCCACACCUCACCGAGACGCUCAGUGUUGUUCUUGCGUCGUGUUGUGAAGAUUCUGACAGUGAAUGCAUAACUACAACACAGCUCCCUUAAGAAAACUUUUAGUUGGGAGGGAACAAGCGAUACAUGGUGUCGGGCGCGUCUGAAAGUGUUACAGUAUUGCACAGUUCGUAGUCACACAGCAUUACUUGUUUACAUGAAAAAAAGUACUUGAAUGUUAUUCGAAUACAAUGGAAAGACUUCCAUUUUUAUAUCAUGCUUCCUGGCUGCCUGUACGGAUACUCUCAAUAUUGUCCUACUAUACUAUUAUCAACUCCUUUGUAAUGAAAGAGUAAUCAAAUUUUUUAAGAAUCUGUUCUUACAUGGUGGGGCGUGCCCUUUCCUGGCACUGAUGUCAAAGAUGUGUAUUUGAAGAUUAGCCAGAACAUUUGAGAGCUUUCAGUGUGUCUGAGGGGAUGUGAAGACCGGCUGAUUUGACCUCCUGUUGUUGAUUGCGAGAGGAAUUAAUUGAACACUCACACUGAGGCGACUUGAAGUCAAACUUUGCUGCCUCAUCAAGAGAGCCAUCACAAAACAGUCUCUGGCAUCUCAUUGUUGUGGAAAGGAGUGCAAGAGCCAAAUGUGUUAGCCCAUACCUAACAUUUGCAUUCAGACAUUGUAACCAACAGACAGUUUUGCUUUGUGCCACUUUAGUGAGCUGGGCUGAGAGUCAAGUGCCUUAAAAUCUGCUCUUUGAAUGCCAAUUUUAAUAUCUUCAGUACCUUUUGAUUGUUAUGACCCCCUUACAGACUCUUUGGCUAGACCGCAGGCCAAGGCUUUUUCUAAGGGACUUGGAUGUGUGUGUUUAUCCAAAGUGUGAAAUCGUUUUGAAAUGAAACUCAGUGGUACUACACCUUUCUGACCAUAAACCAAACCACUUGUCUUUUCUCAGUUGACACUCUUUGUAAAAAAAAAAAAAGGAAAAAAAAUGUGUUUUUAAAUGUGUCAUGAUGUAAAAUUGAAAUUCAUUUGUAAUAUUUUACCCUAGUCCAGCUCUUUGAGUGACUUUUAAUGCAAAUAGCUUUUUUAAUAUGAGAAAAAAACAGUGUGUAGAAUCUUAAGUCAUGGGUUAAGCCAGAGUGUCUAAGAGAAGACGUCACGUGUUGGUGUCAUUUGCAGGUAGCAUCUAAAAAUGCUAAAUGGUGUUUAGCACACCAUUGCUGUCCAGGAAUUCUAGGCUACAUGUUAUGAUCCAAAGCAUAUUUUCUACUCAGGCAGUAUUUUUCAGUAGGCGUUUUUUUUUUUUGCCCUUUUUUCUGCUGUUUCUAAAUCUGACGAUGUGACUCAUAACCCAUGGCUCUGUCACAGUUUCAUGGCUCUAUGACCAAUAAAAGUAUUCUGAAAUAAUGUGA